CAUGUGAGUGAGUCUUUUCUAAUAAUAUCAAUCUGACUGUCAGUCAGUUAUGUAAAAAUGGCGUCACCACGACCUAAAUCUCCAAGGCAACCAAUUGUCAAAAAUGAUAAAGAAGAAUCAUUUUGGGAUAAAAUUGGGACACUAGGACGUAAAAAAAGAAUAAAAGAAGUGCAAGAAGUACAAGCUGAAGGAAAAUAUGCAAUUGAUUCACCAGGAAGUCCCAUGGCUCCGGAAAUGCCACCAGAGGAAUAUGCAUUGGAGGAAAACGAAGAAAGGUCGGUGAUUGCACCCCGUUCGUUAGAUGAACCUCGUGUACAAGACUUAAUGCGUGUGUUAAUUGAUUGGAUUAAUGACGUGCUUGCAAAUCAAAGAAUUAUUGUUAAAAAUUUAGAGGAAGAUUUGUACGAUGGACAAGUUUUACAAAAACUAUUAGAGAAACUUACCAACGAUAAGUUAGAUGUACCUGAAGUUACACAGUCAGAAGAAGGACAAAAGCAAAAAUUAGCUGUGGUUUUAGCUACUGCAGAUAGGGUUCUUGGCAUUUCACGAUAUGGACUACCUAAAUGGAGUGUAGAAUCAAUACAUUCUAAGAAUAUCGUUGCUAUUUUACAUUUACUUGUACAUUUAGCACGAUUUUUCCGUGCACCGAUUCGUUUACCUGAAAAUGUCUCUGUGGCGAUGAUUGUUGUACAAAAAGCUGGUGAUAAACUAGUACACCGAACAGUCCGUGAACAAAUUACAGAAACGUACGAUGAUUUGGGCGUUCGUUGUGAAAGAGAUGCAUUUGAUACUUUAUUCGAUCAUGCUCCAGAUAAAUUACAAGUUGUAAAAAAAUCAUUGGUUACAUUUGUAAAUAAACAUCUCAAUAAAAUCAACCUCGAAGUAACUGAUCUAGACACACAUUUCCAUGAUGGAGUAUAUCUAAUACUUUUAAUGGGAUUACUUGAAGGAUUUUUCGUACCUUUUCAUUGUUUCCAUUCAACGCCGGCUGAUUUUGAUCAAAAAGUUCAUAAUGUUGCAUUUGCAUUUGAACUUAUGGAAGAUAUUGGUUUAGCAAAACCAAAAGCCAGACCUGAAGAUAUUGUUAAUUUAGAUUUGAAAUCAACGUUACGUGUUUUAUAUAACUUGUUUACAAAAUAUAAGAAUAUUGCCUAAAAGAAAUCUCAGCCUUUAUAAUAAUUCAAAGUGCCUAAAAAAAAUUUGCCUUGCCUUAGUAUUCAAUUUUAAUGUUUUAACAAUACUGCCAAAGUAUGUAUA